AUGAGACUUGAUCUACAGCAUCUAUUUACAUUUUUCAUACUAAACAUAGCAUUGACAAUCUCCCAAACACCACAAGCAUUAACAUCAAAAAUAAAAGAAGUUGAAUCAUUAUUUACAACUCAAGGUCCAACAUCAAACGUCCUUGAUCAAUUUGAUUCAAUUAUAAAUGAAGUGAAAUCAAAUGUUUCAGAGAACUCACUGGAAUUAGAAAGAUCAUUAGCUCAAUUGUUAUUCAAAAGAGCAUUAAUUCAAAUAAAUUUGAAUAAAGAUAAUGGUGCAAUUAUAGAUUUAAAAGAUGUAUUAAAAAUUGAUCCAUUAAUGAAAACAGCAAGAAAUAAAUUAAUUGAUUUAUUAAUACAUCGUGGAGAUAUAGAAAGUUUGGAACAUUUAAUUACUAAUCAAGAUAAUUCACACGUACGAGAAAUUAUUCAAUUAUAUAAUCAUCAUUUAUCUACUGCUCAAUCACUUAUAAAUGAAGGUAAAUAUGAAGAAAGUAUUGAUGAAUUAAAUAAUCUUUUGAUUAUAAGUAAGUCUAAUUAUGAAGUAUACGAGUUAUUUUUGAAAGCAGUUUUGGAAAUUUAUAAAAUUGAUCCAACUAAACAAAUUAAAAUUAUUGAUGAAGAAAUGAAUAUAAAUAAAGUAGUGAUUAGGGUACUACAACAAUUAAUAAAAUUACAACCAGUGAAAAAUUUAAAAAAUUAUUCAAUACUAUCAAACUUCCUACUAUAUACUGGUGUUCAAUUUGAUCAAGCUUAUAAAACCGUCAAAAAUUGUUUAAGAAUGGAUAAUGAUUUUAGAGAAUGUGGAGAACUAUCAAAAUUUUAUUCAAGAUUUCAAAUUUUUUUACAACAAUUAGAAAAUUAUUCAAUUUUCAUUGGUCAUUUAUAUCCAAACUUACAAACAAAUGAUCAAAUAAAUAUGGAUGAUGAAGAUUUGGAAAAUUAUCAAUUUAUUUGGAAAAAUUUAAAUCAAUUUUUAUUUCAUGAUGAAUUGAAACUUAGUAAAGUUGAAAAACGCAAGAAUCUUAAAAUUAAAAACAACUAUGAGUACUUAUUACAAAAAGGUGAUGAAUUUAUAAAAGAAUUUACACCAUCUUCAAAACCAGAUGAAUUAUUAUUUAUACAAGAUUUAAAUAAGUUAUCAUGUGAAUCAUACAUUCAAAUAGGUUCAAAAUCAACAAUAUGUAAUAAGUUCAAAAAUAACCCAACUCCAUUUUUACCACAAUUAAUACCAGAAAUAGAUAAAUUAUUAAAACAAAAAAGAUACGAUCAAGUUGAUUCAAUAAUGCAAAAAUUCAACAAGAAUAUUCAAAAAACUUCACUUUUCAAACAACGUUACAGUAAAGUAGAAACGUACAAACAAAAACAACAUCAAGAAAGAAUGAAACAACAACAACAACAACAACAGCAACAAUAUCAACAACAUCAACAACAACAACAACAAAGAUUCAACCAGCAACAACAAUUUAGACAACAACAACCAAAAAAACCAGCACACGAUUACUAUAAAAUACUAGAUAUCCCAAAAGAUGCAGAUGAUAAAACUAUUAAAAAGGGAUAUCGUACACAAACAUUAAAAUAUCAUCCAGAUAAAUAUAAAGGAAAAGAUUUAACACCAGAACAAAUUGAACAAAAAAUGCAAGAUAUAAAUAAAGCUUAUGAAAUUUUAUCUAAUCCAGAAUUAAGACAAAGAUUCGAUAAUGGAGAUGAUCCAAAUGAUCCUUUAACUAAUGGACAAUCUCAACCACAAUGGGCAUCUCAAAGAUCUGGUGGUUUUGGUGGUAGUGGUGGUGGUCAUCAACAAUUUCAAUUUAAUUUUGGUGGUAAUGGCGGUGGUGGUGGUGGAGAUUUUUUUCAACAAUUUUUUGGAAAUAUGAAUGGUAAUAGAGGUAAUAAUAGAGGUGGGUUUGGUGGAAAUGCCAAAUCUAAUCCUUUUGGUGGUCAUCAUCAAAAAGUUAAGAUUAAAAAGAAUAAAAAAAAUACAUAA